AUGUGUGAAGAGACUUUAUCUUGACAUUCAUAGUUAAAGAUAGAAAAAUGAAGAGGUACUGUUCUCACUUUUCUUAUCUUAUCUCCAAACAAAAUCUCCCACAUCCCAAUCGAAUAGCUGCCUUUUGUUAGAAGGGAUAUAGCUUUAGCUAGAUAAGUGGCACAUAUCAAGGCCCUACAAUAAAGGAGAGCGACAGCACCAUUAUUGUAAUGCACAUGUGUAAAAUAUGUUAUAUGUACGCAUAUACUAUUGCUACUACUAUAAAUAUAUAUAGAUAUAUAUGUAUGCAUGUAGAAAUACUAUACAUUGAGAAAAGAUAUAGAGAAGGAAAAACUGUAAAAAAAAUAAUGGUGUUGACAAGGGCGGGCAAGGGGAGAGGUGGCAAUGAUGAUGACGAUGAGGACUACUUAAACUCGACGUUUGCGUCUCGGUACGUACGUGAGCCAAUCCCGAAAUGGAGGAUGCCUGAGGAGACCAUACCUAAAGAAGCUGCCUACCAGUUCAUACAUGAUGAGCUCAUGUUGGAUGGUACUCCAAGGCUCAAUUUGGCCUCCUUUGUCACCACUUGGAUGGAGCCUGAGUGUGAUAAACUCAUCAUGGCUUCCGUUAACAAGAACUACGUUGACAUGGACGAGUACCCUGUCACCACCGAAAUCCAGAAUCGAUGUGUGAACAUGAUUGCCCACCUUUUCAAUGCUCCUGCGGGAGAUGAAGAAGCUGCGGUUGGUGUGGGAACCGUUGGAUCAUCAGAGGCCAUAAUGCUUGCUGGUCUAGCUUUCAAGAGAAAAUGGCAGCAAAAGAGAAAAGCAGAGGGAAAACCCAUUGAUAAGCCUAAUAUAGUCACUGGUGCCAAUGUUCAGGUAUGUUGGGAGAAAUUUGCAAGGUACUUUGAGGUUGAGCUGAAAGAGGUUAAACUAAAAGAAGGAUAUUAUGUGAUGGAUCCUGAGAAGGCAGUUGAGAUGGUGGAUGAGAACACCAUUUGUGUUGCAGCCAUCCUUGGGUCCACAUUAAAUGGUGAGUUUGAGGAUGUAAAAAAAGUCAAUGAACUCCUUACUAAGAAAAACAAGGAGACAGGUUGGGACACCCCAAUUCACGUUGAUGCUGCCAGCGGCGGGUUCAUUGCGCCGUUCCUUUAUCCAGAUCUUGAGUGGGAUUUCAGAUUACCUCUGGUGAAAAGUAUUAAUGUGAGUGGCCAUAAGUAUGGACUUGUGUAUGCUGGUGUUGGAUGGGUUGUGUGGAGGAGUAAAGAGGACUUACCUGAAGACCUUAUUUUCCAUAUCAAUUACCUUGGAUCUGAUCAACCCACUUUCACCCUUAACUUCUCCAAAGGCUCUAGUCAAAUAGUCGCUCAGUAUUAUCAAUUCAUCCGUUUGGGAGUCAAGGGUUACAAGAACAUAAUGGAAAACUGCACUGCAACUGCAAAAGUACUCCGAAACAAAUUAGAGGAAACAGAGAAGUUUGACAUUGUCUCAAAAGACAUAGGGGUGCCCGUUGUGGCAUUCUCUCUCAAAGACAGUAGCAAAUACACAGUGUUCAACAUAGCAGACAGCUUGAGAAGGUUUGGGUGGAUCGUGCCGGCCUACACCAUGCCCGCCGACGCCGAACACAUCUCGGUUAUUCGAGUGGUGAUCAGGGAGGACUUCAGUCGUGGUUUGGUCGAGAGACUUGUGUCGGACAUAUUGAAAGUAGUUAAGGAAUUGGACGAUCUUCCCAUCCCCAGUCUCACGCCGAUCAACACUGACACUGUGAUCAAGAAGAAGACUCAUAGACAGAUUGAAGAAGAAGUGACCCAACAUUGGAAGCGAUUUGUCAAGGGAAAGAAAAAUCGAGUAUGUUAAUUUUAUUUUUGUUUUUUUGCGAUGAAUGGAGUAUGUUAAUUAAUUAAGCUAUAUACCAUCCUUUCUCAUAAGAGAAUACAUAUGUAUGUUGUUUUCUUUAUUUGAGAACUAACAUGUUAUGAUUAGUUUCAUAUUUGAGAAGUAUGAACUCAGUAAUUGUAUGUGUGUAUGUAGUAUGUACUAUUGGACUUGUGCGUGUAAGCUUUUCUUUUCAGCAGGAGUAUAAAUAUAGAGUUAGUUUGGUA